AUGGCGGGGAACGCGGAGGACCGGGACACUAUGUGCGCGAUCUGCUGGUCAGACUUUGACGAGGCGCCUUGCGAGGCGUUGAUGUGCGGGCACGUUUUCCAUGCAGAGUGCUUGGCGCGAGACAUGGAGGCAAGGGGCGUUUCUAAACGGCUGCAGCGAUGCCCAAAAUGCAAGAUGACAGCAGACGCAGCAGAGAAGGCGCCAGUGGCAGGGGGCCACGGCGUCUUUGCGAUCCCGGACGCCCAGGGGGGGACGCGGGUGCUUCGUCGCCGAGCGCAGGCCAGGGCAUCCGGCAUCUGCGGCGCCGGCAGUUCCUCCGGCGACGCUGCGGGGGCUGCGACGGAUGGCCAGAACGGCAGCGCGCUUCCAGCAGCGGAGGCGGCGCCCGCCGCCGCCGCGGUUCCCCAGGACAUCGUGCCUGCGGAGGCGGCGCCCGCCGACGCCGCAGCGGUUCCCCGGGACAUCGUGCCCGCCGCGGGCGCCCCCAUGGACAUCGUGCCCGCUGCCAGUCAGGGCGGCGAGCUGGCUGGCAGCCAAGCCGGCGACGGCGAGCUGGCUGGCAGCCAAGCCGGCGACGGCCCGGUCAUGCUCGACCCCCUCCGCGGGCUUCAGUGGAGGAGCGCCGCGGCGAAACGACGGAAGAUUAUGAAGGAUGCCCCGGAGCUGGUGCAGCAGUGGAACGAGAGGAUUAGGGCCGCCGCGGGCGCGGGUGCGCUCAACGACGUCCUGUUCAGCAAAGAGACCUCCGCUGGCUUCGAGAACGCGGAGACCGCGGUGGCGACCAUCAAGAAGUGCCUGGAGUCCAUCGCCAAUGACACUAGGGAACCCCACGAACUUGCAGCUGACCUCGACUUUGACCAGCGGCCUGGGCACCCGCUAGUGUGGUACGACGUGGUGAAGCGCAUCUGCGACGCUCAGGGCUACCACCACGAGGGCUUCGCGCUCCUCCUCGAGUCCAACAUCGGCUUUUGCGAGCACAGCGAGACGUACCUGACCCACGAUUUGGGCUGCACCCACCGUGUCUCGCCGUCGCAGGCGUGUCUCGUGUCGCAGAGUGCCUCCAUGCGCAAGAGCCCCCAGCUCGAGUUGGCGGACAGCCUUAUCCUCGACGCCGAGAGCGCGCCACUGGAGUGGGCGGACCGCAAAGUGCUCAUGACGGACGGGACCAAGAAAGGCACCGAGUCCACCCUAGAGCAGUACAGGCGCGGGCUGCUCAGCAGUUCGGAGGGCGCCAAUACGAUCUACGUGGAGGGCUACUCGAGUAAGGAGGCCAGGAUUCACUUCUUCUUCAAGCAGCGCCUGUGCCAGUGGACGCAGGCCGAGUCCAUCUCGUCCCCGACGGGGCAUGGGCCGAUGGCGCUCGUGAAGGGCACGUACAAUUUCGGCUGCCGCAUCAUCACGCAGCCCGAGACAGCGGACUCGACCAUGCGCCCUGGGGCGCAGGGGUGGCACAAGCGCUUGUCCAUCGCGGCGGCGCCUCAGGAGUCGCGUCUUGCAGGGUGGGCGAACGGCUUCGCCGACACUGAGUGCCAGGACUUCCUCAAGGAGAACCGCAUCAACAAGUGGUGGAAGGCAAAGCUUUUGUUUUUCCGUUCUGACCUGCUCCGCUCCUCUCUGAGCACCAUGCGCAUCUUCCAGCACUGCGCGGGCGAGCAGGCGCCGCUGCGUAGCCAGAUCUCCUUCCUCGAACUGGCCGCGGCGCUGCAGCGCGUGCACCGGCAGUGGCAGCUUCGCCACGGCGCCUACAUCUCCAUGUUGGCAAAGGACCCGUCCGUGGGCGGGAUGGCGCCUGCUCCGCUGGCGGGGCGCUUGCAGUUGUCUUUGGAGCAGACUUUGCAGGCCGCCCUCUUGCAGCACACGCCUCGAGACGGGCGGAUCACGUACACGGCUUUCCGCUUGGCAGUCCGCGGCAAGCGCGGGCCAGCGUUCAGGGGCGCGACGGGCCAGCCGGGCGUGGGCCCGCUGAUGCCGCGCAUCAAGGUGGCUGUGGCGGCCCUGGUUGCGGGCGGGGUGCUCGAAGAGGCGCCCGGCGCGGACCAGGGCUUCGUGAAGGUGGGCUAUCUCAAGCAGUCCGAGAAGCAAGCGGCCUUUCGCCGCAGCCUCGGCGUCUCGGUAGAGGCGUGGGCGCCUCGGGCGGCCCUGCCAGAGCUCGGUGCGCGCGACGCAGCGGCGCUGGACGCUGCGCUGGCCCAGCGGGACUCCGCCCGCUCAGGCGUUGGCGCACGGGCAGACAAGCGGGCGCGCCUGGCGUUGCGCUUUCGCGCGGGGCGCACGCGGGGCACGCUGGCCCGACUGCUCCAGUGUGGACUUGUUAGCGGCGACGGCGGCCCGGCUGAGACGCUGGCCCCGCGGGCAGGGCUCGCUGGCAAACUUCGAGGCGAGGAGGUGGUCGUCCUCGACGCCUUCGUGUGCCGCGGCCGCCUUCGGUGCGACGUGGCCCCCGUAGUCCAAGGCUCUGGGGCGGGCGCCGCUGGCGGCGCGCACGUGCUCAGGACGAGUUUGCGGCGUGGUUUGACCACGCGUGCCGGUUCUGAUCUCACGGACGUGCAGCAUCGGUGGCGCUGCCGGUCGAUCGUCCGCGGUGUUCCAUGGAUGGCGCGCGUGCCCGAGGGCGUGUCGGAUGGCGGGCGCGCAGCAUCGGUGGCUCCGCGCGCUCUCGUGGAAGACGCGCAGAUGUUGCAGUCUUUCCGCCACGCCCUCGCCGGCAUGAACGUCGCGGCGCCCGCGUGCCAGCGGCCCGCGGCGCCAGUCCUCGUGAUCCCGAAGGCCGCCGACGAUCACGCCCGGCAAUUCCGGCACUGGGUCGCGCGUCAGCAGGGGGGGCCGCGCUGCAGCCGAGCGGGGAAUGCAGGCGCGGGAGCUACGUUUGGGACUUCCCGUGGCCAGUGCAGCUGGACCGUCAGAGGUGGGUAUGCUUCACGUGCAUGGGCUGUCCACGAACAUGGGCAUUGCCCGCAGGCGUCGUACGGCGGGCGCGGCGACGACGUCGGGCAUCGCUGUUACUUCCCAGUCGCCGACGAGGACGUGGUGCGCGUCGCCCCUGACGCGAUCGUCAUCCGCGGCAACGCGGCGGAGGGCGGGCAGAAGGAGGGCCGCUGUUACGUGACUGGGAGGUUCCUGGCGAGAUUCCUCUUCUGCCUGAAUGACACGCUGAACUUCCGCGAGUGCCGUCGGCAGCUGCUCGGGGAGUACGUCGCCGUCGCGCGCGGCGCGGAGGCGGGCUUGAGCGACGCCGGCGCGCGGGCAGUCCUCUUCAACAUCGCUUUCGCCCUCCCCAAGCGCAAGAUGUUGGGCAUGAUCGCCCCGCGCGCCUUCUCCGCCCCGAUUUCGCGGAGAGUGUCUGAGAUGCGGCGCCUGCAGAGUCUCUACAACGGUUCCGGGCUGCGCGUGGACGGCAACUUCAAGCUGGCGAAGAAGAUUUGGAGAGGUGCCGGCAAGUCCCGCCAGAAGCCCUUCAGUUGCGUGCUCGGCAUCUGCGGGACGGACGGAUCGCCCCUGCUGCCUGUCGCCCCCGUCCGCGGGGAGGCCUGGAUGGACAUCAAGCGCGUGCUGCAGCCUCUGCUCGCGGACAUCGUCUCUGCUCGCCAGGCCGCCGGCAUGUCCUUGGAGGACGCGUGCCCUGCGUUCGUCAGCACCGACUCCUACAACAAGCACUUCAAGAAGUACGCCGACGUGGUGAAUGAGGCGUGCCAGCUUGCCCGGGUGCGGACGGCUGGUGCCACUCCGCGCGGCCCACUCGCCGCGUGCUGCAUAGUCGCGCCUUCCGUCGGCGUGCUCGUGGCAGGCGAGCCGUUCCACGACGUCCUCAACGCGAGGAACCGCAAGGCGCGCCUCCCGUGCCGGCGCUUGGAGAGCGCGGGCGCGACCUCCUGCGGACUGCUGUGGCUCAGUCUGCCGCGUCCUUCCAGGAAGCGCUCGCGCAGUUCGGCGUUGCCCGCGUGGGUCGACGAUGACGUCAUGUAUUUCCAGCAGAGCGAACGCGCCCGUCUCAUGCUCGAGCCCGAGACAGCUCUGCGGCUGGAGCAAGAGUUGGCGGACGCCGCUCGCCAGCACUUCUUGAUGGUCGCCACCGCGGUCUCCGCGUUCUCGAAGCCAGCGGAGGUCUCUUUGCUGAACAGCCGUUGGCGCGGCAAGUCGGGGAUGGCGGGGAACGCGGAGGACCGGGACACUAUGUGCGCGAUCUGCUGGUCAGACUUUGACGAGGCGCCUUGCGAGGCGUUGAUGUGCGGGCACGUUUUCCAUGCAGAGUGCUUGGCGCGAGACAUGGAGGCAAGGGGCGUUUCUAAACGGCUGCAGCGAUGCCCAAAAUGCAAGAUGACAGCAGACGCAGCAGAGAAGGCGCCAGUGGCAGGGGGCCACGGCGUCUUUGCGAUCCCGGACGCCCAGGGGGGGACGCGGGUGCUUCGUCGCCGAGCGCAGGCCAGGGCAUCCGGCAUCUGCGGCGCCGGCAGUUCCUCCGGCGACGCUGCGGGGGCUGCGACGGAUGGCCAGAACGGCAGCGCGCUUCCAGCAGCGGAGGCGGCGCCCGCCGCCGCCGCGGUUCCCCAGGACAUCGUGCCUGCGGAGGCGGCGCCCGCCGACGCCGCAGCGGUUCCCCGGGACAUCGUGCCCGCCGCGGGCGCCCCCAUGGACAUCGUGCCCGCUGCCAGUCAGGGCGGCGAGCUGGCUGGCAGCCAAGCCGGCGACGGCGAGCUGGCUGGCAGCCAAGCCGGCGACGGCCCGGUCAUGCUCGACCCCCUCCGCGGGCUUCAGUGGAGGAGCGCCGCGGCGAAACGACGGAAGAUUAUGAAGGAUGCCCCGGAGCUGGUGCAGCAGUGGAACGAGAGGAUUAGGGCCGCCGCGGGCGCGGGUGCGCUCAACGACGUCCUGUUCAGCAAAGAGACCUCCGCUGGCUUCGAGAACGCGGAGACCGCGGUGGCGACCAUCAAGAAGUGCCUGGAGUCCAUCGCCAAUGACACUAGGGAACCCCACGAACUUGCAGCUGACCUCGACUUUGACCAGCGGCCUGGGCACCCGCUAGUGUGGUACGACGUGGUGAAGCGCAUCUGCGACGCUCAGGGCUACCACCACGAGGGCUUCGCGCUCCUCCUCGAGUCCAACAUCGGCUUUUGCGAGCACAGCGAGACGUACCUGACCCACGAUUUGGGCUGCACCCACCGUGUCUCGCCGUCGCAGGCGUGUCUCGUGUCGCAGAGUGCCUCCAUGCGCAAGAGCCCCCAGCUCGAGUUGGCGGACAGCCUUAUCCUCGACGCCGAGAGCGCGCCACUGGAGUGGGCGGACCGCAAAGUGCUCAUGACGGACGGGACCAAGAAAGGCACCGAGUCCACCCUAGAGCAGUACAGGCGCGGGCUGCUCAGCAGUUCGGAGGGCGCCAAUACGAUCUACGUGGAGGGCUACUCGAGUAAGGAGGCCAGGAUUCACUUCUUCUUCAAGCAGCGCCUGUGCCAGUGGACGCAGGCCGAGUCCAUCUCGUCCCCGACGGGGCAUGGGCCGAUGGCGCUCGUGAAGGGCACGUACAAUUUCGGCUGCCGCAUCAUCACGCAGCCCGAGACAGCGGACUCGACCAUGCGCCCUGGGGCGCAGGGGUGGCACAAGCGCUUGUCCAUCGCGGCGGCGCCUCAGGAGUCGCGUCUUGCAGGGUGGGCGAACGGCUUCGCCGACACUGAGUGCCAGGACUUCCUCAAGGAGAACCGCAUCAACAAGUGGUGGAAGGCAAAGCUUUUGUUUUUCCGUUCUGACCUGCUCCGCUCCUCUCUGAGCACCAUGCGCAUCUUCCAGCACUGCGCGGGCGAGCAGGCGCCGCUGCGUAGCCAGAUCUCCUUCCUCGAACUGGCCGCGGCGCUGCAGCGCGUGCACCGGCAGUGGCAGCUUCACCACGGCGCCUACAUCUCCAUGUUGGCAAAGGACCCGUCCGUGGGCGGGAUGGCGCCUGCUCCGCUGGCGGGGCGCUUGCAGUUGUCUUUGGAGCAGACUUUGCAGGCCGCCCUCUUGCAGCACGCGCCUCGAGACGGGCGGAUCACGCACACGGCUUUCCGCUUGGCAGUCCGCGGCAAGCGCGGGCCAGCGUUCAGGGGCGCGACGGGCCAGCCGGGCGUGGGCCCGCUGAUGCCGCGCAUCAAGGUGGCUGUGGCGGCCCUGGUUGCGGGCGGGGUGCUCGAAGAGGCGCCCGGCGCGGACCAGGGCUUCGUGAAGGUGGGCUAUCUCAAGCAGUCCGAGAAGCAAGCGGCCUUUCGCCGCAGCCUCGGCGUCUCGGUAGAGGCGUGGGCGCCUCGGGCGGCCCUGCCAGAGCUCGGUCCGCGCGACGCAGCGGCGCUGGACGCUGCGCUGGCCCAGCGGGACUCCGCCCGCUCAGGCGUUGGCGCACGGGCAGACAAGCGGGCGCGCCUGGCGUUGCGCUUUCGCGCGGGGCGCACGCGGGGCACGCUGGCCCGACUGCUCCAGUGUGGACUUGUUAGCGGCGACGGCGGCCCGGCUGAGACGCUGGCCCCGCGGGCAGGGCUCGCUGGCAAACUUCGAGGCGAGGAGGUGGUCGUCCUCGACGCCUUCGUGUGCCGCGGCCGCCUUCGGUGCGACGUGGCCCCCGUAGUCCAAGGCUCUGGGGCGGGCGCCGCUGGCGGCGCGCACGUGCUCAGGACGAGUUUGCGGCGUGGUUUGACCACGCGUGCCGGUUCUGAUCUCACGGACGUGCAGCAUCGGUGGCGCUGCCGGUCGAUCGUCCGCGGUGUUCCAUGGAUGGCGCGCGUGCCCGAGGGCGUGUCGGAUGGCGGGCGCGCAGCAUCGGUGGCUCCGCGCGCUCUCGUGGAAGACGCGCAGAUGUUGCAGUCUUUCCGCCACGCCCUCGCCGGCAUGAACUCCCUCGUGAUCCCGAAGGCCGCCGACGAUCACGCCCGGCAAUUCCGGCACUGGGUCGCGCGUCAGCAGGGGGAGGCCGCGCUGCAGCCGAGCGGGGAAUGCAGGCGCGGGAGCUACGUUUGGGACUUCCCGUGGCCGGUGCAGCUGGACCGUCAGAGGUGGGUAUGCUUCACGUGCAGGGCUGUCCACGAACAUGGGCGUUGCCCGCAGGCGUCGUGCGGCGGGCGCGGCGACGACGUCGGGCAUCGCCGUUACUUCCCAGUGACCGACGAGGACGUGGUGCGCGUCGCCCCUGACGCGAUCGUCAUCCGCGGCAACGCGGCGGAGGGCGGGCAGAAGGAGGGCCGCUGUUACGUGACUGGGAGGUUCCUGGCGAGAUUCCUCUUCUGCCUGAAUGACACGCUGAACUUCCGCGAGUGCCGUCGGCAGCUGCUCGGGGAGUACGUCGCCGUCGCGCGCGGCGCGGAGGCGGGCUUGAGCGACGCCGACGCGCGGGCCGUCCUCUUCAACAUCGCUUUCGCCCUCCCCAAGCGCAAGAUGUUGGGCAUGAUCGCCCUGCGCGCCUUCUCCGCCCCGAUUUCGCGGAGAGUGUCUGAGAUGCGGCGCCUGCAGAGUCUCUACAACGGUUCCGGGCUGCGCGUGGACGGCAACUUCAAGCUGGCGAAGAAGAUUUGGAGAGGUGCCGGCAAGUCCCGCCAGAAGCCCUUCAGUUGCGUGCUCGGCAUCUGCGGGACGGACGGAUCGCCCCUGCUGCCUGUCGCCCCCGUCCGCGGGGAGGCCUGGAUGGACAUCAAGCGCGUGCUGCAGCCUCUGCUCGCGGACAUCGUCUCUGCUCGCCAGGCCGCCGGCAUGUCCUUGGAGGACGCGUGCCCUGCGUUCGUCAGCACCGACUCCUACAACAAGCACUUCAAGAAGUACGCCGACGUGGUGAAUGAGGCGUGCCAGCUUGCCCGGGUGCGGACGGCUGGCGCCACUCCGCGCGGCCCACUCGCCGCGCGCUGCAUAGUCGCGCCUUCCGUCGGCGUGCUCGUGGCAGGCGAGCCGUUCCACGACGUCCUCAACGCGAGGAGGUGCGUGGAACGACAGCUCGGAUCCACGACGGCUCCGGCGGACUUCUGCCACGACCACGCUGACCUGAUCGGCCGGCUGAACGCGCCCCGCGGCCCACCCGAGGAACCGCAAGGCGCGCCUCCCGUGCCGGCGCUUGGAGAGCGCGGGCGCGACCUCCUGCGGACUGCUGUGGCUCAGUCUGCCGCGUCCUUCCAGGAAGCGCUCGCGCAGGAUCCAGACGGCGCGCGCGAUUUGCGCGCGUUCCUCUCGUCGCCAGGGGUUCUCCGCGCGAAAGGCGUCUGGAAGAGCGCGUUCGGCGCGCAGCCGCCGCGCCCCGUGCUCGCGCGGGAAGUGCGCGGCCGCAGAUGCGUCUUCAAUUCGAAGCUGCGGCGGCAUUACAGCCGCCUUCUCAAGUCGCGACGCUUGAGCGGCUUGCUUGCGUGGCAAGAGUGCGCCGAAGGCUUGCGGGCCGCCGGCGUGGGCCCUCGAUCCGGCACCGUCCCAGUCGAACAGUCUUGGGCCAUCACUGCUUCGUACUGGCCAUCCGAGACUAAGACUGCAGGAGAGAAAGUUUUCAAGUUUUUUGCAGACUUGUCAUUCCUGCGGUUUUUGUACAUGCACUUCCACAGUUCGGCGUUGCCCGCGUGGGUCGACGAUGACGUCAUGUAUUUCCAGCAGAGCGAACGCGCCCGUCUCAUGCUCGAGCCCGAGACAGCUCUGCGGCUGGAGCAAGAGUUGGCGGACGCCGCUCGCCAGAGUUCGCAGUGA